UAAUAAGGCUCUUUAUAGGACACUCAACUAUAAAUGAAUAUUUCUACAGAGCUCAGGAGAAUGGGAUGUGUAUGAGAUGCUAUGGAAACUGGAAGUGGUUGAAUGUGCUAGUUAUAGGGAAGUGAGAUUAGAGGUAGGGGGGAGAAUUGAGGGCUUCGAAUAUUCUGAAUGUAUUUUUUAGGGAGGGUAUAGGGGGUGGUAGUAGAAUAGAUAGGGGGCAGGUAUGUAGGAAAACAAGGAGAUUUGACCUUAAAAAAAUCCACCAGGAAUAAGUGUUGGGCUCACGAUAACUAUAAUCAGAACAAACAGUAGGUGGCGAUAAUAAGCUUCGGCGGAAGCUGGGUGGCCUUUAACCGAAAAGAAGAGUCGCGCAUUAAACACGGAAAUCAGAGGCAGACAGCCAUGGAUGACAGAGCGCUGGAUCUCACGGAGCAGCAGAAGAAAACCAAGGCAAAGUACCCGGCUAUAAACAAGAAAUACGAGUACCUUGACCACACAGCCGAUGUCCAGCUGCAUUCGUGGGGAGACACAUUAGAGGAAGCGUUUGAACAGUGCGCCAUGGCGAUGUUCGGCUACAUGACAGACACCGAAACCGUGGAGCCCAUCGACACGGUUGAAGUGGAAUCGGAAGGUGAUGACAUGAUUUCCCUCCUCUACCACUUUCUGGAUGACUGGUUGUAUAAAUUCAGUGCUGACCUGUUCUUUGUUCCCAGGGAGGUGAAAGUGCUGCACAUAGACAGGAUGCGCUUCAGAAUCCGGUCCAUAGGGUGGGGUGAGGAGUUUAAUUUAACCAAACACCCACAGGGAACUGAAGUAAAAGCCAUCACUUACUCAGCGAUGCAGAUUCACGAAGAGAACAAGCCCCAGGUUUUUGUCAUUAUUGACAUCUGAAGACGGCAUGGACUAUACAGCUGGUUUACGGGAAGAUGUGGCUCAGUGGACUAAAGGGCUGCUUGAUCUUCACAGUGGUUCUUUCAGACCCCGGGCACUGUGUUAGUGGGAGCGAUAUCUUGAAAGGCUGCUGUAAUUAUUGACAGAGUGACUCUCCUUAAUUAAAGCGCUGAGAGCUAACAAAAUCAUAUAUCUAAACUUGUAUUGCCAUUGUCGUAUUCACUUCUCGUUUUCUUUAUCAAAGACACCCACGGGAAAGUAAACUUGUAUUUGAUUGAAAGCGUGGACAUUGAAAUCACGCGAGUCAUUGGAAAAGCAACAAUUGGCAAUUCGGUAGUUAUUUUUCUAAUGCAGCAUUAAAAUGCAUGUAUACCAAGCGUGUCUUUCAUACAGAAAAAUGUGAGACUGACAAAGUGAUGGCAAUGCAAAUUAGCUCAGAUUUACAUGUAUUAUUUUGUUUGCUUGAUGUACUGGGAAUGAUGUGUGUGUGUGUGUUGUAUUUUUUCUGGUGUGCAAUUUUUAUCUUUUUAUAAAUUGUAUUUAGCCAAGAUUAUACAGUAAAGCAUACAGUAUAAAGCUUGCAUUAUUUAAUUAUUUAAUUCUUAUUUAAUUAUCCUUUUCAGAUAUCGGCUUGCCUCGCAGGUAAAAAUUCUCAAUGGCAGCUGUUUCAAAGUGCUGAUGGGUGUGCAGGAAUCGCAUUCUGAAACGGCUGUUAGUUCUGUAGAAACAUAUGUAUCUGUCACAAACACUAACUGAUGGUACAUUUUUUAUUGCAAUUCUGCAGAAAGAAAGCUUAGACAGGUCAAGUAGAUGUGAGUGCAGCUUGUUUAAAAGAUGGCUGUGACCUUUGUUUUUUUAACAUGCCGUUUCUGUGUUUUUCAGUUUUUAGUUUCAGAACAGAGCAAAAAAUCUGUUUCAAAGAUUCACGCACUCCUCCCCAGAAUAAAAGCUCUUAAGAAUGCUA